AAGCAGCACGCCGAUCGCGAGCUGUCGGAAGCGAUCAACUCGAUGUUCCAGUGGUAUCGCAACGCGGAGGUGUGUCUAGCAUACUUGGAGGAUGUUCCCACCGUGAGGGAUAUGGCGACCUUCGAGCAGAGCGUAUGGUUUCGGCGCGGGUGGACGCUGCAAGAGCUGCUGGCGCCGGGCGUUGUGAUCUUUCUCUCGAACGACUAGAAUGUGAUCGGCCACAAGGGCAAUAACGGCCGCGGGCGAAGCGGAAUGUCGAUACAGACUGGCCCAUCGCUGGAAGACGCGAUUUCGCGUGCGACUGCUAUUCCACUAGCGAUUUUACACGAUUACCGAGCAGGCGACAACCUGACCGCCGGAGAGAAGAUGAAAUAGACAGAUAGCAGGGAGACGAUGCGGGCAGAGGAUCUGUCGUAUUGUCUGCUUAGUAUCAUGGGAGUCAGCAUGAACAUCCGUUACGGCGACGGCGCGGACAAGACAAGAGAGCAACUGCUACACAAAAUUACAAAGCGCAAAGGGGAAGCAGUAUCUAGCGAGUUCUCCGUCCCUUUCAGCCUACAAGGCAUCCCGGCGACGGAGUAUUUCGUGCCUCGCAAGCUCGAGAUACAGCCCGGCGUAGGCCUGCGGCUGUUAAAGCGCACCCGAGAAGUGCCGGCGCCGAUGGACGUCGUACAGGCCGGCGACGACCAAGGCAGAACAAAGGACGACCAGCGGCUGCAGCUACUAAAGGCCAGCCUUUAUUUAGAUGUCGCCGACGAUCAGCUAGCGAAAGAGAUAGUCGAGACACGUGCGGAUAAAGCGGUCACGAACAUUAAUCAAUUGCUACCUAAGCUCGGCGGUCUCCCGCUUGCCCUCGCCUAAGUAGGGGCCUAUCUAGGCACGACCGGGAUGAGUGUCGCAGACUAUCUCGAGCAUUACGACGCGACGUGGACGGCGUUAAUACAGAAUCAAGAUCAGUGUCCACUACAGGAGUACGGCGAACGGAGCGUGCUUACGACGUGGACGAUCUCGUACGAACAGGUGAAAAGUAUAGAUCCACUAGCAGCGCAGCUGCUUGACCUGUAGGCAUUCCUCCAUUAUAGCGACGUAUAGGCGGAGCUAGUACUAGCCGGGCAGAGCGACGAGGUACAG